CCUAUAAGGAAGAGAAAACAUCGUGCAAGAAAGAAGAAUAGAAAAUAUUCAGAAUCUGCAUAUAGUUCCACUGCUGCAAAGAAACGUAUUAGUUGGGAACCAGGUAUUGAUAUAAACACAACUGAUGUUGUUAUAGGUUCAAUCGGUUCGGCAAUCACAGUUGUUGAUUAUAGUGAAGGAAGGUAUAGAGUUGAGAGAACUAAUGUUUAUUCAAAUAUUUUAAACACUAUUGAAGUGGAAACUGAUAUGAAACGUCCUGAUUGGGCUCAAGUUCGUUGGAUUAAUGUUAAUGGAUUAUCAUGGGAGGCUAUUGCAGCUAUAGGGGAACAUUAUGAUUUGCAUAGAUUGGCUAUUGAAGAUAUGAUUGAUAUCCCACAGAGAACAAAGACAGAUAUUUAUUCGGGUCAUUUGUUUGGGGUGCUACCUUUGAUUAAAUUGGUUAGAACUAAAAAGCAUGAACCUAAAGAUUUUGAUUCUUGGUGGAAUAGAAUAUUGAAGAAAAUGGAUUUAUACAAUUAUAUGGAUGAAGAACAAGAAAAAGAUGAUGAUGAAAAAUUUAAUGAUCAACAUAAGGAACAAACGCUUGGUGAAAAAAUAUCGGAAUCCCAUGAAAUGAGAAGAUUGAAUGAAACUUUUUAUCCUGCAAAUUAUUCCAAAAGAAGAUUAAGAAUAUUGGAUGAUCAUAGACCAUUAAGUUAUAGAGACUUGUUUGUUGGUGUGGAACAAUGUUCAUUCUUUAUGUUGAAAGAGGAAAAUACUGUUAUAUCAUUUUUUGAAAGUUCAGGUGAUGAUAUUGAACAAGCUAUAUUGGGUCGUAUAUCCACAGAUGAAACUAUCCUAAGGACUUCAGGUGAUCCUUCAGUAUUACUUCAAAGUAUAAUUGAUGCUAUAGUGGAUAUUAUAUAUCCUGUCAUCACUGCAUAUCGUAAAAGAUUAAGUGAAUUUGAGGUUGACAUUUUAACAAAUCCUGAUAUUAAGCAUACUCAAUCAUUACAUUUAAUGUCUGGAGAGUUAUCCAAGUUAAGAAGAUCAUUAUUACCAACCACUGCAUUGAUUAAUUCUUUGAAGGAUCAUUCUAGUAAAAAAUCAUCAAGCAGCUCUAAAACUAAACUACAAUCAAAUGAAUUAAGUGCUUCAAAUUUCAUGAGUUCAGCUGCAGCAUUAUAUCUUGCGGAUGUCUCUGAUCACACACAAAUGUUUACAGAUGAAAUUGAAGGGAUGAUUACAAGUAUUGAAAACUUAGUUGGUUUAAUCUUCAAUACCAUCUCCACUGAAUCAAACAAUGCAAUGCAACAAUUAUCAUUAGUCACAGUUAUUUUCUUACCUUUAUCAUUUUGGACCGGAUAUUAUGGUAUGAAUUUCCAAUCAUUUGGUGAUUUAAAGGAAAAUGUUAGUUAUUAUUGGAAAAUUGCUAUACCUUUCAGUGUUGGGUUAUUAAUCUUGAUUACUUGGAGUUUUAUCAAG